AUGGCCUACGAACCAGUUGGCCGUACCGACGGCUCGCGGACAUCAAUUGGCGACGAUCUCGAAACGAGAAUGCAGUAUGAUGCCGGCUCGUACAGUAGUGACCCUUCAGCGACAGGUCCAGUGCACCGUGGGGUAGGAGAUCAAGCCAAAGGUGCCAAAGGCGCAACUUGGUCUAGUGAAUCAAUAUCAGAGCAGUGGCCUUUGCAGUCGCAAAAACUGGCACCGAUGACGCCGUGGCAUGGAUUUAUCAUGGUUUUUGACCUGAUUCUGGCCUCCACGCCCAUCAUGUUUAUUUCUCUCGCCCUCAUAGCUGCCAGGCUAGAUGGGACAGAAAUUUCGGACUAUGGAUCCGGUUUGAAAGAGGCACUACUCAUAUCGCCAACAAUCUUUCCUCUUCUCUUCGCAGCUUUGAUGGGAAGGUUCUUUCGCCAUCUUGGUCUCUGGCUGGCGCAGCGAGGGACAACGCUCGGUCGUCUUGAGCAGCUAGUCGGCUGUCAAUCCGUUUUCUCUGCACUUGAGCGACAAAUCUCUCUCCGUUCGUGGUCCAUUAUCGGAAUAGCAUCAAUUCUAGUCUGGCUUCUUUCACCAGUCGGGGGUCAAUCAGCACUGCGUCUGCUCGACCAAGAAAGUGGCGAAAUCCAUUCGACUGGUCAAAUUCGCUACUUGAGCCCGAUGGAGGUGAUGAAAAGCAUACUGACUGGCGCUAGCUCCGUCAACAAUGGCCGGAGUGGGUUCACCGCUAUUUGCCUUGCAGCUCUACUCAGUAGUUCCAAGGUUAAGGACACGCCCGUGGACUUGUGGGGAAACGUUAAACUUCCUUUAUACCGGCACAUUGAGAACAGCACCUCUGACGAAUGGAAAACCAUUUGGAAUCCGACCGGCAACAACAUCACAUACGCUUCUCUGAUAGGUAUUCCGGUUGUGGGUCUACCUACGGAUGGAGUCAGCACUUUUAAUAUUAAAGCCCGUCAAUGGGAUAUAACCUGUUCGAGCAACGAAGGCACAAACGAUAAUCAGACAGACUUCAAGAACCUAUACACAUGGCAACUGUCAUAUACCGAUAAGAAGACACCAGUGUGCCAAAAUCAAACACGGUGUAAUACCGAAAUGUGCAGCGGUUAUCCUUGUCCAAUCCGUAGCCUGUCGCUCGCCAGCAACGAAACCUAUUUUUUCUCUGUAGCUGCGUGUGAUCUGACACUGGAGAAUUUCGAGGCACAAGUACAAUGUACCGGGCGGGCGUGUGCUGUACAAAAGAUGAGGAAACUUCCUUUAUUGGACGAUGAUUACCCAAUUGGGUACGAUACGGCCAUGCGGAAUAUGUUCGCCCUCACCCAACUCCAACAAAUGACUUCGCUGGAUAAUCACAACACGGCAGCCAGAGUAGCGCGAGGCUCCACCAACAUGGAAAGAUGGAUGAGAGACCCUUCGCGAUUCAUUGGCUUAUUGUACAACAAUGUGAACCUGUAUGAGCUGUCGCCGCAGCUUUUUGGAGAUCGACUGACUAUCGGGUACAACACUUACUGGCAGUCGACGUACGGAACCGCCUCUCUGGCUGGUAAUCUACCCGAUUCUGUAGCAGAGACUGGACUACUCCGAGUUGCAACGCCCGACAUCACUGCCACUCCUGAUGUAGAAUUUGUGGCAUCGGAAGCAUCCACAGUCACAAAGACGAAGCCAAUGUACAAAAUAAACUGGAAGUGGUUCACAGCACUCAUGGUGUGCUCGUGCAUCCUAUUGGCGGCGGCGUACACUGGCCUUGUCCUCAAAUACAUCACCAUCGCCCCAGACAUCAUUGGCUACGCCUCUUCUCUAACAAUUCUGAAUCCAUAUGUUCCGACACCAACAGGAGGAACUACGCUCCACGGCCUGCAACGCGCAGCCUUGCUACGCGACUUGCCAGUGCGUAUAGGCGAUGUUAGUCCCAACGAGCCCGCCGGCGUCAUCGCACUUGCCAAAGCCGACACGGAGCAAGUAGCAAGACUAGACAGGCAACGGUCGUACAUAUGA